AAAUUCGUUGCGCCACGGUGCAAAAAAAGACAGUCAAAUCAAAUAAGUCCAACGUGGAAGUGUUGGUCGCAUUUGGCCCGCAAAAGUCGUCUCCAUGAUUACUCGAUGUCAAAAGGAUUUGGCCUGCACCGUGUACGGCACGUUCAGACGUUAUUAUAUAAACGCGCUUCCAGUACUGAAUGUCUGAAUAUGAACCAUAAACUCGCCAUCUUCAUUUUUUCUAUCAGAAGAGACGCUGCAGUAUUAGGAACUCGUCCAAGCAAACACCAGACGACGAUGUCGCAUGGGACGACACAAUCCAUCAUGUUCGUAUACAUUUUAUACCUACUGCUCUCAUCCUUAUGGCCAUGUCUCGUGUUCCAGCAACUCGUCGUAGGGAUGACGCUGCAAGCUCAGCAGACGGCCCUCCUGAACUGGAAGGGCACUCUUGGAAGCUCGCCGGCAAUCAUAUCUUGGCAGCAGCAAGUCCACCCCUGCAACUGGACAGGGAUCAUGUGCGACCACGGAAGCGUGGCUGUGACGGGGAUCUCCCUGUCAAAUGCAGGCCUGGAUGGCAACCUUGAUGGACUCAACUUCUCCGCACUACCAUAUCUGGACUACAUCGACCUCAGCUUCAACUAUCUUCAUGGGGAAAUUCCUGCGAGCAUAAGCUCUCUGGCAGUGCUCUCGUACCUUGAUUUCACCAGCAAUAGGAUGUCAGGAAAUAUACCGUACAGCAUCGGCAAUCUGCAGAGCCUCACUACACUGGGGCUCUCUAUGAACAACCUCACAGGUCAGAUUCCAGUAUCCCUGGUUAAUUUAACCAAGCUCACCCAACUUGUUAUCCAUCAGACCAUGCUUUCCGGGCGGAUUCCAGAGGAGAUAGGGAAGCUCACCAAUCUAGAGCUUCUGCAGCUAAGCAACAGUUCCUUAACUGGCCACAUACCUCCCAGUGCUGGAAACUUGACCAAGCUCAACUCCUUGCGUCUAUAUAGCAAUCAGUUGUCAGGGAGUAUACCAUCGACGCUAAGUAAUCUAAUUGAUCUGCAGGAUAUUCAGGUCGGUGUGAACCACCUUAGCGGCCCCAUCCCUGGUUUUCUAGUUAAUCUCACCAAGUUAGACAGGGUUCUCCUCUACAAGAAUCAGUUCACAGGUGUUAUUCCGCGGGAGAUAGGGAUGCUCUCCAAUCUAACUCGUUUGGAGUUGGCAGACAACCUUCUGAGUGGCUCCAUUCCUCCCAGCAUAGGGAACCUUAUUGGGCUGGUCUUCCUGGACCUGUCAAACAAUCAGUUUGUCAGCAAUAUACCUGAGGAGAUCGGCAACCUGGUAAAUCUCAUCACAUUGAAUUUGUAUGGAACCCAGAUCUCGGGCCCAGUCCCUGCAACGUUGGGGAACAUGAUAAAUCUCAGAUACCUGAGAAUGUUUGAUAAUCAACUGUCAGGUCCCCUGCCCCCUGAAUUUGGAAAUCUCACUGACAUGAUUUACCUCUCUCUAAUCAAUAACUUCAUGGUGGGUCUUUUGCCCUCUGAUGUCUGUAGAGGAAGGCAGCUUGAAUAUUUCAAUGUUGCUGGGAAUAUGUUCAAUGGUUCCAUCCCUGCAAGCUUGAGGAGAUGUAAGAGUUUGCAGGUAAUUCAGAUGAGUUAUAACCAGCUCACUGGAGACAUAUCUCAGUCGUUCGGGGUUUAUCCUAACCUUACUGUGGUAAACCUGUCCAAAAACAAGCUAUAUGGGCAGCUUUCCCCAGAUUGGGCAGCAAGUACUAAUAUGGUAUGGUUUGAUGCAGCAAGGAACAUGAUCACUGGAGGCAUACCCCACGAGCUAUCAAAAUUAACCAGUUUGACGCUACUUUCACUCCAAUCCAAUCAUCUAAGUGGUAGCAUACCAUCAGAAAUCUGCAAUUUAACCAACCUUUACAAACUCAGCUUGCAAGGUAAUGAGUUAUCAGGAAGCAUACCAUCUGAAAUCGGCAAACUAGGAAACUUACAAUACUUUGAUAUAUCUGGGAACAGGAUAAGUGGAUCGAUACCAGAAUCUCUAGGAAAUUGCAUCAAGCUGGUGUCCCUGAAGAUCAACAGCAAUAGCUUGACUGGAAUCAUUCCUGAUGAAAUAGGAAAAUUGACCAGUUUACAAACUAUGCUGGACUGUAGCAGCAAUGACCUCAGUGGAGCCCUGACACAAAAUCUUGGGAACUUAGCAAUUCUGGAAGUCCUUAAUAUAUCCCACAAUCAAUUCAGUGGAGGCAUUCCAUCUUCUUUCGAGAGUAUGCUCAGCUUGACAACUCUUGAUGUAUCGUACAACAAUUUAGAGGGGCCUAUUCCCCCGAAGUUUCUAGUAAGCAACACAUCAGCCAAAUGUUUUCUCCACAACAAAGACCUUUGUGGUAACCUCUCUGGGCUAAAGCCUUGUCAUUCGAUUGCAAUACCACAUCAUCAUGCAGGGAAGCCUCAUACCUUGAUAUUAGAGAUUGUUACUCCUUUGUGCAUCACACUUCUUCUUGCCAUGGCUGUGGUAGCUUUUAUGGCCCAUCACAAAAAGAGACAUCAAGAAACUGCUAAUGUUGACAAAAGAGAUGUAUUUUCUAUAUGGAACUUUGACGGGAAACUAGCAUUUGAAGAUAUAGAAAGAGCUACAGAAAAUUUUGACGAUAAGUACAUCAUUGGGGUAGGUGGAUAUGGCAGUGUAUAUAAAGCAGAGCUCCAAGAUGAGCGACAACUUGCUGUCAAGAAACUUCACCCAAUUGAAGAAGGGGCAUUUGAAGAAAAAGGAUUCCAUAAUGAAAUUGAAGUGUUAACACAGAUUCGACACCGUAACAUUGUCAAGCUGUUUGGAUUUUGUUCUCAUCCAAGGUACAAGCUUUUGGUCUAUGAUUACAUUGAUGGAGGAAGCCUUCGUGCAACAUUGGGGAAUGAACAAUUAGCAACAGAGUUGGACUGGAAGAGAAGAGCUAGGAUCGUAAGGGAUGUGGUUCAAGCCAUAUACUACUUGCACUAUAGCUGCAGUACCCCAGUAAUCCAUCGAGAUCUAACAAGCAAUAACAUCUUGCUAGACACAGAUUUCACGGCUUAUGUUUCAGAUUUUGGCACGGCCAGGAUUCUAAAGGCUGAUUCGUCAAACUGGAGUGCACUAGCAGGAACAUACGGCUACAUAGCCCCAGAGCUUUCCUACACAUGUGUGGUUACUGAGAAAAUCGAUGUUUAUAGCUUUGGUGUUAUUGUGCUGGAGGUCAUCAUGGGAAGGCAUCCAGGAGACCUACUGCAACAGGGAGAGUACAACACACUCGGAGAAAUCCUGGACCAACGUCCACCAGCUCCAUCAACAGAAGAUGAGGAAGAUGUGGCAUUGCUUGCCAAAGUAGGAUUUGCUUGCCUGCAAGCUUCUCCUGAAGAAAGGCCAACAAUGCAGGACGUGUGGCAGACUCUCCUCACGGAACGCCGCUCCACUAAUCUAGACUAA